GGCGGGUGGACAUGGCUGACCGGAGCGCGCCGAGCUGCCACCUGCGGCUGGAGUGGGUCUACGGCUACCGGGGUCAUCAGUGCCGCAACAACCUCUACUACACGGCCGCCAAAGAGAUCGUCUACUUCGUGGCGGGGGUCGGCGUGGUCUACAGCCCCCGGGAGCACCGGCAGAAAUUCUACCUGGGGCACCAGGACGACAUCAUCAGCCUUGCUUUGCACCCCGAACGUGUGUUGGUGGCAACAGGUCAAGUUGGGAAGGAACCAUACAUCUGUGUGUGGGAUUCAUACACUGUGCAAACUGUAUCUGUCCUGAAAGACGUUCACACACAUGGCAUAGCUUGCUUGGCCUUUGAUUUAGAUGGUCAGCGUUUGGUCUCGGUUGGUUUGGAUUCGAAAAACACAGUUUGUGUGUGGGACUGGAGAAAAGGAAAAUUGCUAUCAAUGGCUCCUGGUCAUACAGACAGAAUAUUUGAUAUUUCUUGGGAUUUAUACCAGCCAAACAAGCUUGUCAGCUGUGGUGUAAAACACAUCAAGUUCUGGAGCUUGUGUGGCAAUUCCUUGACACCAAAACGUGGUGUCUUUGGCAAGACCGGUGAUCUCCAGACUAUCUUGUGCCUGGCCUGUGCGAGGGACGAAGUGACGUACUCGGGUGCACUGAACGGAGACAUUUAUGUGUGGAAAGGAAUCAAUCUCGUACGGACAAUACAGGGAGCACAUGCUGCAGGAAUUUUCAGCAUGAAUGCGUGUGAAGAGGGGUUUGCCACUGGUGGCAGGGAUGGCUGCGUUCGCUUGUGGGACUUAAAUUUUAAACCAAUUACUGUGAUUGAUCUCAGGGAAACAGACCAGGGCUAUAAAGGUCUCUCUGUAAGGAGUGUUUGCUGGAGAGGAGACCAUAUACUCGUUGGGACACAAGAUAGUGAAAUUUUUGAAAUUGUGGUGCAUGAGCGUAAUAAGCCUUUCCUGAUAAUGCAGGGGCACUGUGAAGGAGAGCUGUGGGCUUUGGCUGUCCAUCCUACAAAACCCCUGGCCAUGACUGGAAGCGAUGAUCGAUCAGUCAGAAUCUGGAGUUUAAUAGACCACGCUCUGAUUGCCCGGUGCAACAUGGAGGAGCCCAUUCGCUGUGCUGCCGUUAGUACUGAUGGAAUCCAUCUGGCUCUUGGAAUGAAGGAUGGCUCUUUCACUGUGCUUCGAGUCAGAGAUAUGACUGAGGUUGUUCAUAUCAAAGACAGGAAAGAAGCUAUUCAUGAACUCAAAUAUUCUCCAGAUGGGAAUUUCCUAGCUGUUGGCUCCAAUGACAGCUCUGUGGAUAUAUAUGGAGUUGUUCAGCGAUACAAGAAAGUUGGGGAAUGUAUUGGAUCCUUAAGCUUCAUCACACAUAUGGAUUGGUCUUCAGACAGUAAAUACUUGCAAACCAAUGAUGGCAAUGGAAAGAGACUUUUUUACAGAAUGCCAGGUGGAAAAGAAGUAACAAACAAGGAGGAAUUGAAAGGCAUUCAGUGGGCAUCAUGGACCUGUGUUUCUGGCCUUGAAGUUAAUGGAAUCUGGCCCAAAUAUUCUGAUAUAAAUGAUAUAAAUUCUGUGGAUGCGAAUUUUAUUGGUCAAGUUAUGGUUACGGCUGAUGAUUAUGGAAUAGUAAAGCUCUUUCGAUACCCCUGUCUAAGAAAAGGAGCAAAGUUUAAAAAAUAUCUUGGUCAUUCUGCUCACGUGACGAACGUCAGGUGGUCGCACGAUCACCAGUGGGUUGUCUCCAUUGGGGGAGCUGAUCAUUCUGUCUUUCAGUGGAAGUUUGUCCCUGACCGCAAGCUGAAGGACACUCUUCAUAUAGCACCCCAAGAGAGUCUGGUUGAUUCUAAUAGUGAUGAAUCAGAUUCAGAUCAGUCUGAUGUUCCAGAGCUGGACUCUGAAAUUGAACAAGAGACACAGAUCACCUAUCGUCGACAGGUUUACAAAGAAGAUCUACCUCAACUUAAAGAGCAAUGCAAAGAAAAAAGAAAAAGCGCAGCUUCUAAGAGACGUGAGCGAGCCCCAGGGAACAGUAUAAGACUACAUUUUGUUCAUGGUUACAGAGGCUACGACUGCCGAAGCAAUCUCUUUUACACGCAGACGGGUGAAAUCGUGUACCACGUGGCGGCAGUGGGAGUGGUGUACAACCGCCAGCAGAACACGCAGCGCUUCUAUCUGGGUCACGAUGAUGACAUCCUUUGCCUUGCUAUCCAUCCCUUAAAGGACUACGUGGCAACUGGCCAGGUUGGUCGAGAUUCCUCAAUACACAUUUGGGAUACAGAAACAAUAAAGCCACUCUCAGUAUUAAAGGGCUAUCACCAGUAUGGUGUUUGUGCUGUUGAUUUUUCAGCGGAUGGGAAACGAUUGGCUUCUGUUGGAAUAGAUGAUAAUCACACUAUUGUACUCUGGGAUUGGAAGAAAGGAGAAAAGCUUUCAGCAGUAAGGGGAAGCAAAGAUAAGAUUUUUGUUGUUAAGAUUAAUCCUUAUAUGCCUGAUAAAUUGAUUACAGUUGGAAUUAAACACAUGAAAUUCUGGCGGAGAGCAGGAGGAGGACUAAUUGGGAGAAAGGGCUGCAUAGGUGCAUUGGGAAGAACUGACACAAUGAUGUGUGCAGUGUAUGGCUGGACGGAAGAGAUGGCGUUCUCUGGAACCUCCACGGGGGAUGUGUGUAUUUGGAGAGAUGUGUUUCUCAUAAAAACUGUCAAAGCACAUGAUGGUCCUGUGUUCAGCAUGCACGCAUUGGAAAAAGGAUUUGUCACUGGAGGAAAGGAUGGGGUGGUGGCUCUCUGGGACGAUACCUUUGAACGCUGUCUCAAAACCUAUGCCAUCAAAAGGGCUGCUCUGGCUCCUGGAUCCAAAGGUCUCCUCUUAGAAGAUAAUCCUUCUAUACGUGCCAUAUCGUUAGGACAUGGUCAUAUUCUAGUGGGCACAAAGAAUGGUGAAAUAUUGGAGGUGGAUAAAAGUGGACCAAUAACUCUGCUGGUUCAGGGUCACAUGGAGGGGGAAGUUUGGGGUCUAGCUACUCAUCCUCACUUACCUAUAUGUGCCACUGUAAGUGAUGACAAAACCUUAAGAAUAUGGGAUUUAUCUCCUAGCCAUUGUAUGUUAGCUGUUCGCAAAUUGAAAAAGGGAGGCAGAUGUUGCUGCUUUUCUCCUGAUGGAAAAGCAUUAGCUGUUGGUCUCAAUGAUGGAAGUUUUUUGAUAGUUAAUGCAGAUACCCUGGAGGAUUUGGUCUCUUUCCAGCACAGGAAAGAUGUUAUUUCAGAAAUCAGAUUUUCUCCUGGGGCUGGAAAGUACUUAGCUGUGGCAUCCUGUGACAACUUUGUAGAUAUUUACAAUGUAAUGAGCAGUAAAAGAGUAGGAAUCUGCAAGGGAGCCUCCAGCUAUAUCACACACAUGGACUGGGACAUAAGAGGAAAACUUUUGCAAGUCAACACUGGUGCUAAAGAGCAGUUGUUUUUUGAAGCCCCUCGGGGGAAAAAACAGACUAUUCCAAGUUUGGAGGUAGAAAAGAUUGGCUGGGCAUCAUGGACAAGUGUUUUGGGCUCUUGCUGUGAAGGGAUCUGGCCAAUAAUUGGUGAAGUCACAGAUGUAACUGCUUCAUGCCUCACUAGUGACAGUAAAGUAUUAGCCACAGGAGAUGAUUUUGGAUUUGUGAAACUGUUUCGAUACCCUGCUAAAGGGAAGUUUGGAAAAUUUAAGAGGUACGUUGCUCACAGCACCCACGUGACAAAUGUGCGCUGGACUUACGAUGACAGUUUGCUGGUCACUGUUGGGGGAGCAGACACCUCCUUAAUGCUGUGGACUUAUGAGAUGGAAGGACAUCGGGAUAGCAGGCAGUGUGACAGCGAGGAGUCUGAUCUAGAUUCUGAAGAAGAUGGAGGUUAUGACAGUGAUGUGACAAGGGAAAAUGAAAUUAAUUACACCAUCAAAGCCUUAUCAACAAACAUUAGACCAAUGUUUGGAAUUAAGCCUCAUCUGCAGCAAAAGGAGCCAACCUUAGAUGAAAGGCAGGGGGUAGUAAGAGGUUCCAGACCACCAGUUAGUAGGGCAUUGCCACAGCCAGAGAAACUUCAGACAAAUAAUGUGGGGAAAAAAAAGAGACCCAUAGAGGACCUAAUUUUGGAGCUGGUGUUUGGGUAUCGAGGCAAGGACUGCAGAAACAAUGUGCACUAUUUGAAUGAUGGUGCUGAUGUAAUUUAUCACACUGCAUCUAUUGGCAUCUUGUAUAAUGUGGCAACAGGCUCUCAGUCAUUUUACCAGGAACACAAUGAUGACAUUUUGUGCCUCACGGUGAAUCAGCACCCCAAGUUUACCAACAUAGUGGCAACUGGCCAAGUAGGAGACUCAGCAGAUAUGUCAGCUACAGCUCCUUCUAUUCACGUGUGGGAUGCAAUGAACAAGCAGACACUGUCUGUUCUGCGGUGCUACCAUUCCAAGGGCGUUUGCUCAGUCAGUUUCAGUGCCACUGGCAAACUGCUGCUGUCCGUAGGGCUGGAUCCCGAGCACACCAUUACCAUUUGGAAGUGGCAGGAAGGUGCCAAAAUUGCCAGCCGAGCUGGUCAUAACCAGCGUAUAUUUGUAGCAGAAUUCAGGCCGGAUUCAGAUACACAGUUUGUUUCUGUGGGAGUAAAACAUGUAAGGUUCUGGACGCUGGCUGGAAGAGCUCUCCUCAGUAAAAAAGGGCUGCUGAGCUCCAUAGAAGAUGCCCGCAUGCAGACGAUGCUUUCUGUAGCUUUUGGAGCGAAUAACUUGACAUUUACAGGUACUAUCAGUGGAGAUGUUUGUGUUUGGAAAGACCAUGUGUUGAUACGAAUUGUGGCCAAGGCUCACAAUGGACCUGUUUUCACCAUGUACACCACACUGAGGGAUGGUUUGAUUGUUACAGGAGGCAAAGAAAGGCCCUCAAAGGAAGGAGGAGCAGUCAAGCUAUGGGACCAGGAGCUGAAACGAUGUCGUGCCUUCAGACUAGAGACAGGACAAAUGACAGACUGUGUUCGCUCUGUUUGUAGAGGCAAGGGCAAAAUUCUUGUUGGGACAAGAAAUGCUGAAAUAAUUGAAGUUGGAGAGAAAAAUGCUGCAUGUAACAUUCUAAUUAAUGGUCAUAUGGAUGGACCCAUCUGGGGCCUAGCAACGCAUCCAUCCAGAGACUUUUUCCUUUCUGCUGCAGAAGAUGGCACAGUAAGACUCUGGGAUAUUGCUGAAAAGAAGAUGCUGAACAAAGUCAGCUUAGGACAUGCAGCUCGUACUGUUUGUUACAGCCCAGAAGGUGAUAUGGUAGCUAUUGGCAUGAAAAAUGGAGAAUUUAUUAUCCUGCUUGUGACAUCUCUAAAAAUUUGGGGGAAAAAACGGGACAGAAGAUCAGCAAUUCAAGAUAUCAGGUUUAGCCCAGAUUCUCGUUACCUAGCAGUUGGCUCCAGUGAGAAUGCAGUGGAUUUUUAUGAUCUGACUUUGGGUCCCACACUAAAUCGAAUCAGCUAUUGCAAGGAUAUCCCAAGUUUUGUGAUCCAGAUGGACUUCUCUGCUGAUAGCUCUUAUCUCCAGGUCUCUACGGGGUCUUACAAAAGGCAAGUGUAUGAAGUGCCUUCAGGAAAGCAGCUUGUGGACCAGGCUGUGAUUGACAGAAUAACAUGGGCUACUUGGACAAGUGUUCUAGGGGAUGAAGUGAUUGGGAUCUGGUCCAGGCAUGCUGAAAAAGCUGAUGUGAACUGUGCUUGUGUCUCUCACUCGGGAAUCAAUCUCGUAACCGGCGAUGAUUUUGGCAUGGUCAAACUGUUUGACUUUCCAUGUCCUGAAAAAUUUGCAAAACACAAACGGUUUUUAGGUCACUCCGCCCACUUAACUAAUAUUCGAUUCACAAGUGGAGACAGAUACGUGGUCAGCGCUGGAGGGGACGACUGCAGCUUAUUUGUUUGGAAGUGUGUGCAUAUGCCUCAUUGA